CCCUGCAGCCCAUCCCCCGCCCCCAUGGUCCCAGAGCCUGGCCCUGCCCACAAUAGCACCCCCGACUGGGGGUCGGGGCUGGCGUCGGACCCGGUGGGCAGCGGCUGGGUAGCAGCUGCGCUAUGUGUGGUCAUCGCACUGACGGCGGUGGCCAACUCGCUGCUCAUAGCGCUUAUCUGCACGCAGCGAGCGCUGCGCAACACGUCCAACUUCUUCCUGGUGUCGCUCUUCACGUCGGACCUGAUGGUGGGGCUGGUGGUGAUGCCGCCGGCCAUGCUGAACGCGCUGUACGGGCGCUGGGUGCUGGCGCGUGGCCUCUGCCAGCUCUGGGCCGCCUUCGACGUGAUGUGCUGCAGCGCUUCCAUCCUCAACCUCUGCCUUAUCAGCUUGGACCGCUAUCUGCUCAUCCUCUCGCCGCUGCGCUACAAGCUGCGCAUGACGCCCCCGCGCGCCCUGGCUCUAGUCCUGGGCGCUUGGAGCCUCGCAGCGCUCGCCUCCUUCCUGCCCCUGCUGCUGGGCUGGCACGAGCUGGGCCGCGCGCGGGCACCCGCCCCCGGCCAGUGCCGCCUGCUGGCUAGCCUGCCCUUCGUCCUCGUGGCAUCGGGCCUCACCUUCUUCCUGCCCUCAGGCGCUAUCUGCUUCACCUACUGCAGGAUCCUACUGGCCGCCCGCAAGCAGGCCUUGCAGGUGGCUUCCCUCACCACCGGCACGGCCGGCCAGGCCUUGGAGACGCUGCAGGUGCCCAGGACCCCACGCCCAGGGGUGGAGUCGGCUGACAGCAGGCGGCUGGCCACCAAGCACAGCAGGAAGGCCUUGAAGGCCAGCCUGACACUAGGCAUUCUGCUGGGCAUGUUCUUCGUGACCUGGCUGCCGUUCUUUGUGGCCAACAUAGCCCAGGCUGUGUGCGACUGCAUCUCCCCAGGCCUCUUCGAUGUCCUCACAUGGCUGGGUUACUGUAACAGCACCAUGAACCCCAUCAUCUACCCACUCUUCAUGCGGGACUUCAAGCGGGCCCUGGGCAGGCUCCUUUUGUGUCCCCACUGUCCCCAGGAGCACCGGGCCAGCCUGGCCUCACCCUCCAUGCGUACCUCUCACAGUGGCCCCCGGCCGGGCCUAAGCUUGCAGCACGUGCUGCCCCUGUCCCUGCCCCCGGACUCUGACUCGGACUCUGAUCCAGGCUCGGGAGGCUCCUCAGGCCUGCAGCUCACAGCCCAGCUGCUGCUGCCGGGAGAGCCCGCCCGGGACCCCCCGCCAUCUGCCAGGACUUCUGCUGUGGUCAACUUCUUCAACAUUGAUCCUGUGGAGCCCAAGCUGCGGCUCCAUCCGCUUGGUGCCCCCACGAACUGAUCCGGGUUUGGAGCUCGUCACCGGGCAGCCGGACUGGGUGGAAGCAAGUCCCCAAGGCCUUGGGCCAGCUCUUGGCUGAGGCCAGGAGACUGCAGAUCUCCUGGGAGCCCUCUGAGUUCCACUGCGGUGCACUGAAUCAGCCCCCCGUGCCCACCCCAGAUCCCCCACUUGAGGGAUAACAGCUGGCUCUGUUAGUUUUCUCCAGGAUGCACCAUUGCUGAGUGUAACUUGUGGCUGUGUAUAGAGGAUGGUUGGAGGGCUCUAGGAAUGGGGCAAAAGACCUCUUGGUUCAGAUUAGAAAGAAGACAAUCAUCUCUUUUGCAUAUUCUAUCAGAUUGCCUAGGAGGGAUGCCUCCGUCUGCAGAGAUGGAUUAGCACAGUGUUGGAUCCCUUGCUUAUCUAAGUGUAGUUUGUGGGCUUUCACCUCCUGGGAGUGUGUUAAAAAUGCACACCUCUUUCCCCACCCCAGACCUGCGGAGUCAGAAUCUGAGUGUUAGCAAGGUCCCUGGUGACUUGUGUGCACAUUUGUUUGAGAUGUGCUGGUUUAGAUGAUCUUUACCCUGAGGAUGGUUUGCUGGACAGUUUUUGGACCAGCCAGCCCCUCAGGAUGUCGGUGGCCUCACAGAAAACCCAUGAACCUGGGAGUCAGGCAGGCAUAAGUUUGAAUCUCUGUGCUACUAUUUUCUAACUCUUGCGCAGGUUAUGUAACCUCUCUGAGCCUGUCAUCCCACCUGCAGCAUGUGGUAACAAUGCCUGCCUCACAGGACGUCAUAGGUCCCGCUGUUGUUAUAACACCUGGACAUCCAGCCCCCUGGCCUCUGGCUAUGGGCGGAGAAUGGCUAUUUGUUCCCAUUAUUUUUUAAUCUUUUUCAGCCCCACCCCAGCACCCAGGCUGCUGCAUUGCCUUUCCAGGGGCAAAGAGGCGACUACUGGUUUCUGGCUCAACAUCUGGGAUGGGUAUUCCUCUGCCUUGGGCUUCCUUCGACCUAGAAGGGAACCAGCCGAGGGGGACAGAACCGGCCCCUUGCCCCACCUCCUUCUGGCCUUCCCUGGGUCCCUGAGGGAAAUGGAAGUAGUGGCACUUGGGUCAGUAGAGUUGAAGAGGAGAUGUCUCUAGUGUGGGUUGGUGCCCUCGGGCAGGCAGGUGAACCCUGGUACAGGGGUCUGCUUUUUAAUUUAUUUUUUGACGGGGUACUCAGUUCCUACAGUUCACCUGCUGUAGGUUCCUUGUCAGUCUGAGGUCUUCCUUACACUCCCCCCAAGUUCCAUCAGCCCAAACUCCACGCGUGGCCUGGCGCUCUCCUUGGUGCUGAUUAGACUCGACUCCGGCCCUGGCUGCUGGCCAUAGAGGAGUCACGGUGCUUGUUGGGGCUUCCGUUCUGCCCCCAGGCCUGCCUGAGUGGACUCUCAAUAAACACUGGCUUCCUGAAAGUAGUGACUGUGGAGUGGACUGGAUUUGCUUGGGGGACCGCUCAGAUUGGGAAGCAGCUGGUGAAGUGGCAAGCGACCCUGGGCACAGGUGUCUGGAUUCUGGUCCAGACUCGGCCCCUAAUUUGCUCUGGGACCUCAGCAAAGACAUUUUCCCUCUCAGGGCUUUAGCUUUCCAUGGGUGACAUGGGUUGUUUGGACUAAUAGUAGCAGAAGUUCUGUAAAUAUUUGUUGAAGGAACAAACCAAUAUACAUACCCCCAAGGACCAGCUCAGCUCCAACACUCUAAUUCCUCCUCCUCUCCUCUUCCCCCUGGCUCCUCCAGAGCUUAAUACUUUUUUUGCUUAGGUCUUGAUUUCCCCAUCUGCACAAUGGGUGGUGGGGGGGGAUUCUCUCUGACCCUGGGACAGUGGGAGGAACAAAGGGGAAGGUUCCCACGGAUGCAGACACAAUAGCUAAGAGCUUGGGCUCUGGAGGCUGACUGGCUGGAGUUUGAGACUGACCAGCUGUGUGACCUUGAACAGGUUACCUACCCUCUC